AACAACACAAAAAAUUGAUUUCCAAAUUUCUCAAAACAUGUCCUGCUCAAAAUCAAUCUCUCUCGCUUUCUUAUUCAUCUGUGCUUUCCUCCAUGCAGCCAAUGCUACAAACCCUCUCUACCAUUUUUGCUUCAACAACCAAAACUACACUGCCAAGAGCCCAUUUGGUGCCAACUUGAAUACUUUGUUCAAUCUUCUCUCUGUCAAAGUCCCUCCUUCUGGAUUCGGAAUUGCCUCAACCGGCCAAUACCAAAACAAAGUGAAUGGUCUUGCUUUGUGUCGCGGUGAUGUCUCCAGCAAAGACUGUAAAACUUGUGUAGAUGAUGCAAGUAAACAACUCCGAAAUCUCUGCCCUUAUAACAAAGGAGCUAUAGUUUGGUACGACAAUUGCCUCUUGAAGUAUUCGGAUGCAUACUUCUUCGGGGAAAUUGAUAACCAAAACAAAUUCGCUCUCUUGAACGUCCAAGACGUGGAUAAUCCCGAAACGUUCAAUCCCAAGGUUAAGGAAUUGUUAAGCAGCUUGUCCUACAAAGCUUCUGCUACAGCGAAGUUGUAUGCAACCGGGGAAUUGGAGCUUGGGAAGGAAUCGGAGAAGCUGUAUGGAUUGGCUCAAUGCACCAGAGAUUUGUCUAGCGACAACUGCAAGAAGUGCCUUGAUGUGGCAAUAAGCGAAAUUCCAAAUUGUUGCAGUGGAAAACGAGGUGGUAGGGUUGUAGGUGGAAGCUGCAAUGUUAGAUAUGAACUUUACCCUAUUGUUGGCACUGCUUAACUGUUAGACCAUAUUUAUGUAUAACAGAUGAAUUUAGGCACAUGUAAUAAUGCAACAUUGUAGUACUACACUAUUACCGUUGUUAUGAUUACAGCAAAAUAAAGGCAUUAUAUUCGGUGCUUGCAUGAA